AUGCGGAUUAACAUCAUCUCGCUGGUGGCUCUGGCUGCUACAGCUGCAGGUCUCACUGUCACCUCCCCACGGAUUGGUGAAAAGAUCGACCCGGAUAUGCCCCUGACGAUUAAGUGGCAGGCUGUCACAACGGACCCAGAGACCUUUAGCAUCGAACUUGUCAAUCAGAAUGUCUACCCUCCGACAACAACCAUUGUUGCAGAAGAUAUAGACACUUCCAAGGGCUCAUACACCGUCAAAGCCAAAACUUUUACGGAUGUCGAUGAUGGAAAGGGAUAUCAGAUCAACUUCCUCUCUCCGACCAGUGGCAUUCUGGCUCAGUCUCAGCAAUUCCGAGUCACUGAGCCUGGUGAAAUUGCUAGUAGUGCUAGUAGCUCUGGUAAGGAAACCAGUACUGCGCUUGAAACUUCGUCCUUGAUCUCUUCGUCAACCAGUGAUCUCACUUCUUCGGCUCUUUCUUCCUCGACUGCUUCCUCUUACCUGUCUUCGACUGCUACUCACUCCUCCAUCAGUGCGUCUACCCCUACCUCGUCCUAUUAUUCUACUGCUUCAUCUUCUAUUUCUACCCCUACAACCUCUUCUCUUAUAACUAGCUCUUCUGCAAGUGCAAUCCUCAACUUCCUACACUUCUAUCUUGACUUCUACCUUGACGCUUACCACUCCCACUUCUUCCUCAGUCUCUUCUACAUCUACACCUUCAACUUCUUCUUCCAUUACACCAACUUCAUCCUCUAUUUUAUCCACCUCUACUACCCCGACUACUUCUUCUUCCAUUACCACUUCUUCUAUCUCACCUACUAA